GUUGACUGAGAGGACAACACCGGACCGCAGCGCCGGGACAGAGCACAACCUCCACCCGCAGCAUGAACUGAAGCACAAGCUGCUGGAGCAGACAACCGCAGGGACACUAAGGGACUGUAGGGGUCAAAACAGGAAGAAACCACUACUGACCAGUGAGGCUGCAUUUUCUCAUGGAACGUAGUGUUUUUUUUUUUUUUUUCUCAGUGCAUCAGCCGGCAUAACACAGGACACGGUGGAGAGACUGAAAGUCGGAGCACAUGCAUACAGAUGAGUCACAUACAGUUUGAGUCAGAGAUGAUGUCACGGUGUCUGGGAGUCUUCUAGCCGACCGUGGGAGAAAGUAACUUUUAUAAGCUCAUACAUUUACUUUUCCAGUGACAAAACAAGUUGCAGUCUCAAAGAGUGGAGAGGCAAUGACCUAAUUCAGAUUAAAUGAACAUACACUGAUAAGCAUCCCGCCUCCUCGCUGGGUGAUGGAACGUUAUCACAAAUGAACUCUUAUCAUUGAGGCUGGAGUGUGUGAGGUUACAUGAUAUUUCUGUACCAGUGUGUGGAUGGCUGUUUAAUUCAGAGAAGAGAGUUUUGAUGCUACAUACAGCGAUGCUACGACGUGGACCACUAUUCUCGGUACCCUGUGUAGGAGGGAUGCUGGUGCUCCUCUGCUCUUCCCUGUCACUGCUCUAUAUUCUAAACUGCAGGAUUACGCAAUAUAAUGGCUCUCCGCUGACUUAUCCAAUGUCCCUUGCUGGACUCAAACACCCCAGCCUGGGGAGCACAGGGCCAGACAUUGGAACUGGUGCUGAUGGGACAAGGGGAGCCAGAGCUGGGCCUGCUCAAAGUGGUGGACUACCAAGUGUCCAGUCAUACCAGGUGCUCCUCCAAGAACGUGAGGAGCAACACCAACUCCACAUUUCCUCCUUGAAAAAAGAGAUUUCUCAUCUGAAGGAGACUUUGCAGGAGCGCAGCCAGCAACUGAAAGAAGUACAGGACAGCCUAAAGAGAUCUGCCCCGGCAGAGCGACAGGAGGCUGGGGCCAGGUCUCAGGGAGGUGGUCUCGAGGAGGCUCAGGGAGUCAAGAGUCAGCAGACAGACCUCCAGGAGUUCCUGAGGAGCCAGCUGUCAAAGGCAGAGGUUACUGUUGGCAGUAGGCUGCCCAAUGAGUAUGCAGUGGUGCCAUUUGAGAGUUUCACCCUGCAGAAGGUGUACCAGCUAGAGAUGGGGCUCGGACGUUCCCCUGAGGAGCAGCCAGCAAGGAAGGACAAGAGAGAUGAGCUGGGAGAAGUGGUGGAGGUGGCUCUGCAUAGCCUCAACACGCCUUCAUCACAGGAAAAGCCUGAAAAUAGCAAAGUGUACACACCAUCUGACUUCAUAGAAGGCAUCACUCGUACAGAGAGGGACAAAGGGACGCUGUACGAGCUGACAUUCAGAGGGGAAUCAAAUAAUGAAUUCAGACGCCUGGUACUCUUCCGCCCCUUUGGGCCACUGAUGGAGGUAAAAAAUGAGAGGGUGGACACGGCCAACGUUCUGAUCAACAUCAUCGUCCCGCUGUCUGGACGCGCAGACAGGUUCAAACAGUUCAUGCAGGAUUUUAGGGAAGUCUGCGUGCGUCAAGACGGCCGGGUCUAUCUAACUGUGGUGUAUUUUGGGAAAGAGCACAUGAGUGAAGUCCGCAGCACUCUAGAGAACACGCUCAGGGAAGUUAAUUUUAAAAACUACACUCUGCUGCAGCUGGACGGGGAGUUUUCUCGGGGACGAGGUCUAGACUUCGGAGUCCGAGAGUGGAAAGGAGGCAAUGUGCUUAUUUUCUUUUGCGACGUGGACAUCUACUUCACCGCUGACUUUCUCAACACCUGUAGACUCAACACAGAGCCAGGUAAAAAAGUGUACUACCCUGUGUUAUUCAGCCAGUAUAAUCCCGCUGUGAUCUAUGGGUCCCCUGCAAACAUCCCACCUGUGAAGCAGCAGUUGGUGAUCAGGAGAGACACAGGGUUCUGGAGGGAUUUUGGUUUCGGCAUGACCUGUCAAUACAGCUCUGACUACAUCAACAUAGGAGGUUUUGACACUAAUAUAAAAGGGUGGGGAGGUGAAGAUGUCUACCUGUACAGAAAGUACAUCCAUAGCAACCUGCUGGUGGUCCGAGCACCAACGCGAGACAUGUUCCACCUGUGGCACGAGAAGAUUUGUGCUGACGAGCUCUCUCCAGGCCAGUACAACUCGUGCAUACAGUCGAAGGUCAUGAACGAGGCCUCGCACAGCCAGCUGGGGAUGCGCUUAUUCAGGAAUGAGAUUGAAGCUCACUUCAACAAAAAGAAGAUGAAGGGUUAAAUUCAGAUCCUAAGUAGACAUGAAAUCGUAAAGUUGGUUGCAUUAUGAUUGUCACAAUGACUGCAGGCUGUUAAAACAGAGCCAAUGAUUUCAGCUGACCUGAACUACAUCAGACUACAAAAUAGGCUUUGUUUGCUUUUUUGUGGAGACAUAGAUGAAAAGAUUGAUACUGUUUUCUUGUACAGUAUGUGCUACUAAAUAUGGAGCUAGUACCAUUUGGCAAUUAGCUUAGCUCAGUAUGAAGACUGGAAACAUGGCCAAAAUUGUCAAGAAAUAGAAAGAACUGGACGUGGAGGGAAACAGUCCUGAAUUGUUAAGCAUUUAGGUAUAAUCAGGAAAAUGUACUUAAAGUAUUACAAGUAUUUAAAGUAAAGUAAAUGUUAAAUACAUUUUAAAUGUAACUGCAAAAGACAGUAGAAAAAUGGCCCCUGUGGUUCAUAAAUAUAUAAGUACAUUAUUAUUUCUCUUGCAUCAAUGUGUACACAGCAUUUUAGAGAGUGGAACUUAUUUUCUCAUUUAACUCUCAGCAAGAAAGUAAAUACAUGUAGUUUACUAAAUGUUUUCCUUUAGCGAAAAAUGUGAAGACCUUUACUUUUCAAGCACCCAGAAGACUUUGUUGAUGUACCUGCUGGAAUAAUUAAUUUACUGAACCUUAGUAGACCUUGGGUUUCUCUAACUCUCUGAUACAUUGACCUUUAGUUCCCAUUUGUAUAAUCCUUUGUAACUACAGCAAGGACUUUAAGAAACAUAGAGCCUAAUUUUGAGCUAUAACAACUUUCUGACCUAUGUGCCUUUUAAGAAUAAAACAAAUACUGUCAGGAUGGCCAGUGGAUAUUAAACCAGCCUGCAGACUUUUAUAUGUAAGCUAACAGAGCCAUCUAGUGGACUAAACAUGAACAACAAGGUUGGUGAAUAGACAGAGAAGGAAGGACCUUUUAUAAGCCUUUUAUAGGCCUUGUAAAACAUUUUUAAUAUAAAUUAUUAAACUAAAAUCUUUAUUUAUUAAGGGUCCAAGCAACAACUAAAAGCGGUUCUGCAGACUAAACCGUGCACAUGCUCACACAAAUAAUGGCCCCAGAAAAAAUGGCCCAUGCCGACCAUAAAGGGGCGCUGUAAUAAACAUAAACGUGUUUUGUUUCAUAAGUCGCCAACUGUAGGCACAUUCAAAAAUAUCUAACUUUACAUCUUUAUAUCUAUGUCCUGCAUCUGCUGGUAUAGGCCACACCCAUUUCCACCAUUUUUUGUUUGUUUUGUUUUUGUGCAAAUUGGACAAAUUUGCAAAUUCAGCUUUGCAUACUAGGCUGUGGUUCUUCAACUCAGGAUGGCAAACUUGGUGUCAAAACAUUCACUGGAGCCUUGUUGUCAGUAAUUAUUUUGUACAGUUUUGAUUUUAUGCUUUUGUGCUUAGACACGUGAGGUUGAACGUUGAUGACACAGUGUCUAUAUUUUAUAAACUAAUGGAACAACUGAGUUUUGUUUUUGGCAAAUUUGGGAAAGGGGGCCGUGUGUUAAGCUCUGUUGGUGAAUGUGCUUGGCUUUUUGAUUGCCUUGGGGCAGUGAUGCUCAGAGUCUGACUUGCGCUCAGGUGCUUGGAACUGAUUAUAUUUGCUUGCAAAUCUAGUUUAUGUCUGUCAUUAUUUUGUUAAUCCCAAUAUUUGUACUUUUAUUAUUUCAGUUUUUCUCAUUUCAAAUGCAGUUGUUGCUUGUACAGCCCUGUGUGGGUUCACCUCUUUACUGAAGCAAGAAUGAGCCAAAGAAAAACAUGCCAUACAUUGCAGUAACUAUAGGUAUUUGUCAGUAAAAUGUAUUUAAAUGCUUAAUUGAAAUGACAAAACAUUAUGUAGACUAAUUAGUAUUUUUGCCACAUAUCUUAUCUAUGGACAUAAAGAACAGAAGGAAACUUUACUGACAGUCAGUUAUAUUGUUCACUGUCCUGAUAAUGACGAUGACUUAACAAGUCUGAAUGAGACUAUUGAUCUUAAUAUUUUUGUUUCCGUUAAUCAAAUGUGACUCUUGUGUUAUACAUAUACACUUAAUUCCAGAGUGCAAUAAUAAAGACAAAAUGUAACAUUACAUGGAUCAUUGAGCAGUCACAGAAACUGGAGAUGUUAUAGUAUAAAACCAUCUUCAUCAACUACCUUGAUGGUUAAUUUAUGUUUGUGUUAAUAGAGUUUCCCAUAGAGACAUUGUUCUGUCUUAAAAUCUUGCGCCAGCACUUCUUCUGACCUUUUGAUGUAAUGAAAGCAAUUUUUUUGUGAGUGACCAAAGAUGUAAAAAGAGGU